AUGGAUAAGUUUCGUAUGAUGUUUCAGUUCCUCCAAUCCAACCAGGAAUCUUUUAUGAAUGGCAUCUGUGGUAUCAUGGCACUAGCUAGUGCACAGAUGUACUCUGCCUUUGAGUUCAGCUGCCCCUGCAUGCCAGAAUACAACUACACCUAUGGGAUCGGACUUCUCAUUGUUCCAUCUAUAUGGUUCUUUCUGUUAGGUUUUGUAUUGAACAAUAACGUGUCAGUGCUCGCAGAGGAGUGGAAAAGACCCACAGGGAAACGGAUCAAGGAUCCAACGAUCCUUCGCUACAUGUUUUGCUCAAUUACACAGAGAUCCUUGAUAGCACCUGCAGUGUGGGUGUCAGUCACUCUCAUGGAUGGGAAGAGCUUCCUCUGCGCUUUCAGCAUCAACUUGGAUAUUGACAAGUUUGGGAAUUACAGUCUGAUGACGGGGUUGUCAGAGAUGGAGAAGAUGAAACUGCUGGCAAGGAUUCCAUGCAAAGACCUAUUUGAGCAUAAUGAAAUAAGAGUGGCAGCAUCACGAUACAUCAAGUGUAUAUCACAGGCCUGUGGAUGGAUGUUUCUGCUCACGAUGACCUUUGCGGCCUUCCUGAUCCGAGCUAUUCGACCAUGCUUUACUCAAGCUGCCUUCCUCAAGACCAAGUACUGGUCCCAUUACAUAGACAUCGAGCGCAAGAUGUUUGAUGAGACAUGUAAGGAGCAUGCAAAGAGUUUCGCCAAGGUUUGCAUCCACCAGUACUUUGAGAACAUCAGCGGGGAGAUGCGCAGCUUCCACCACAAUCGCUCCAGCAUGGACGACACCGACAAAGAAGAGGAGGAUAAGAGAAGUGAUGAAGAAAAGCUUCUGGGUAUCAGAGCCCAGGAGGAUAUGAAUAAAGUUUUAUGGAAUUGGCACACCUGUAAGCCCGCUCUGGCUCUGAGAAAGGACAAAAUGGACGGUGAAUACAAUGGCAUACUGAAUGGAGAGGCCAACGGAGCAGCAAACGGAUUUGUAAAGGGACACACCCCUGUAGUGGAGAAAAGGGAAUGGGCAGUAUAUUACAGUAAGGUCUGA